CGAUCAGAUGAUUGGCAGUGUUUGGUGUCGCGUGUAUGAUUAUUUCUUUAUCUAUCGAUAGCCAAAGAAAAUCGACAAAUUCAGUAGUUUUUCGGUUGUGUUUUAUUUCAAAGCGGGUAGCUGAUACAUCGCCAUUUCAGCUCACCUUGCUCUAUUUUCAUCCGGUUUUUUUUUUCGUGGCGAACAGUUCGUGGAAUCUUCAAAAAUAUCUAUAGAAGACUUCUUGGUAUCGCGACGAUAUGAAAUCGGCUAAAGUAGUUUUGUUGAUAACCCUUCUUGGGCUGGUGCUCGUCGAUGCCAAAAUCUACAAAAAGUGCAAUCUUGCUAAAGAACUCGUUGAAAAGCUUGGUUUUAGCCGGACAUUGGUGUCGAUGUGGAUGUGUAUGAUUGUAGCUGAAAAUAAAGAAUUGGAUACGAAAAAAGUGGCCGAAUAUAAACCUUUGGUGACAACUGGUGCCUCACCAUAUAAAAGUUAUGGCUUGUUCCAGAUAAAUAGCCAACAUUAUUGUCGUGUCGGUUAUGUUGGCGGCUUUUGUAAAAUGAGAUGUGAAGAUUUGUUGACGGAUGAUAUUAAAAAAUCCGCACAAUGUGCGCAAAUUGUUCUAAACAAGGAAGGUUUUAAGGCCUGGAAACAAUGGGAAGCAAAAUGUAAGCCACCCCAGAGUAAUCCACCGGCGGUAAAUAAUUGCUUUGAAAAGUCUGCUAAAGUCAUCGCUGGCUAAAUUAAUAAGCAAUAAAAAUAGUUUUGUUUUUAUAACUGUAAUAUACCAAAAUUGGAAAUGUGUUUCAAAAAAUAAUCAAAAACAAAUAAACGUAAAAGAGUUUGAAUUUGAA